UCGCUCAUCAGACACAGCCCAGACUCAAUAGCAGCAAUACGAACCCUCUUUCCCUCUCUAGAUUCUCUCUCUACCCCGAAAAUCAGUCUCACUCUCGUUAACCCUCACCAUUAGAUAUAAGAUUUACAGAUUCAGGUGUUGAAAUUCUAGGUUUGAAUCGCUUAAUUUGUUGUUCGUGACGCAGAUGUGAUUGUUUGAACGGUGGAGGGAUAAGAAGAUUAGGGUUUUUAAUUCUUUCGAUUUUGUCAUAAUUGUCGCUUGUUCGAUCUAUUGGUUUGAGGAAAUGGACCCGUCAUCAUUGACUCCGGCGAACAACAGUAGGGUGGAUGCAUCGUUAGUGUCUGACGCCGACUUGAUUUCUGUUACUCAAACGCUAGCGAAGGAGGCGUAUGUGCUUUUUCAGUUGGGGAAGUAUGUUGAAUGUCUGAAGGUCUUGAAUCAGAUCUUGGAAAAGAAAGCCGAUGAUCCGAAGGUUCUUCAUAACAUUGCUAUUGUUGAGAACUUUCAAGAUGGAUUUUCAAAUCCAAAGAGAUUUUUAGAAGCACUUGAUAGUCUCAAGAAACGAAAUGAGAGACUUGCUCAUUCAUCUGGAGAAAAUACAGAGGCACUGAACAACAAGAUCAAAGCUCUGGGAAAUAAGGGAAAUAAUGUUGUGGGACAGGGCAUUUCAGCUGAUGAUUUUGAUGUUUCUGUGAUAAUGUUUAACAUAGCAGUGAUCCUCUACCAUCUACAUGAAUAUGAAAAAUCUUUCUCCAUUUUGGAGAGAUUAUAUCAAAAUAUUGAACCUAUAGAUGAGAGGGUAGCACGUCAUGUUUGUCUCUUGUUACUGGAUGUUUCUUUAGUAUGCCACCAUGCUUCAAGAGCUGCAGAUGUAAUCAACUAUUUGGAAAGAGUAGGCGGCAAUAACCUAGGCAACCAAGGUGAUUCCGGAACCUUGAUUCAACAACAACAGUCAACAAACCUAGUAACAAAAUCCACCUCAGCACCCGCCAACGUCAUCAUAUCAUCAGAUCCAGUGAACCCCGAUAACACAAAUGGCCCCGAAAGCCCACUCUCUCGCACCCUCUCAGAAGAAACCCUCUACGAAUCCCUAAUCUCAACUCUCGAUGUCACCAACACCCCAACAAGACCCUCAAACAAUCCCACCCAACCAGACGACUCCCUAAUCACAGCCCCCGAUUUACGCCUCAAAGUCCAUCUAUACAAAGUCUGGCUCCUCAUCCUCACAAGAAACCUUAAAGCCGCUAAACGUGAAGUCAAAUUGGCUAUGAACAUCGCACGCGGAAAAGACUAUUCCCUCGCGCUUUUCCUAAAAUCUCAACUCGAGUACGCGCGAAGUAACCACCGAAAAGCCAUAAAGCUUCUAAUGGCGUCUGUCGGUCAAACCGAGUCAACUUCAUCCUUGUACUACAACAACCUCGGAUGCAUUUACUACCAACUCGGAAAGUACCAGACCUCAGCCGUCUUUUUCUCAAAAGCACUAACCAACACCAACGCCCGAAAGGAAAAACUCAAGCUCUUUAGCUUCUCACAGGACAAAUCCGUCCUUUUUGCGUACAACUGCGGGUUGGUUUAUCUCGCGAGCGGGAAACCGGUCCUCGCAGUGAGAUGCUUUCAACAGGCCGGUGCAGUUUUCGUCAAACGCCCGCUUUUAUGGCUUCGGAUCGCUGAGUGUUGUAUUAUGUUUUCCGAAAAGAAAAACGAGAUCGACGUUAAUGUUGUUGGUAGGGGAAAAUGGCGCCAACUCGUUGUCCAAUGUUGGAAUUUGAAAAACACAGUGCAAGUCGACCCGAAUCUUUCCUUAACUUUCGCGAAAAGUUGUCUUCUUAACGCUUUACAUUUACUGGAAGUGUCGGAUACGAAUACGGAUACGGAUACGAAUAUGAAUACGAACCGGGACCCGAAAACAGUGAGUUCAAACGGAGAGGCGAAGGAGGCCAAGGUCGGGAGCACGUUGCUGCAAAGUUCGAUUAAUGAAUACGAAGGUCUUUGUGGGAAAGAGAAGCAGAUGAUUUUGCAAGCGGUUCUUGCUGACCUGGCGUUUGUUUACUUGGAGCUCGGGAACGCGGUGAAGGCGUUGGCGACUGCCAGAAGUCUCUUGAGACUUCCGGAAUGUUCUAGGGUUUACGUUUUCCUAGGAAACAUGUACGCUGCAGAAGCUUACUGUCUCUUGAACCAGCCCAAACAAGCGUCUGAGCAUCUGUCGGUGUAUAUUUCCGGUAAAGAUAACAACACAGAGUUUCCUUACAGCGAACAGGAUUGUGACAUGUGGCAGGUGAGGAAAGCGGUGGAUUUAGACGAGCCGAAUUCCAAUAAUGCCCUUUCACAGGACCAAUGGUUACCGCAGGGGGGACUGUGUUUGAAGCCGGAAGUGGCUCGUGGGGUUUUACUGGCCAACAUUGCGGCCAUAGCGGCGGCAGAAGGUGAUAUGGAGCGGGCGGAAGAGGCGGUGGCAAUGGCGUUAUCGGUAAUUCCAGACAACGUGGAGGUUGUUCUUACCGCGAUAUAUAUCGAUCUGGUGCGGGGGAACACGCGGGAGGCGGUGGGGAAGUUGAAACAGUGCAGCCGGGUAAGAUUUCUUCCGGGGAAGUAAAAGUAAUGAGUAAUGAUUGGUGGGAAUUUGAAGGCCUUGAGAGUUUGUAGGUAGGUGAAAUGAUCCUUUGAAAUCGAGGAUUUGAUUUGUAACAUAUAUAUAGCUGAAAGCUCAGGGUAAAAAGUUCUUUUUCUUCGUUACUCUUUUGGAUUUUUUUUUUCUUUUAAAAUUUCUGUCGGGUGGUGGUAGGGAUAUGAGACUGUUUUGGCUAAUUCAAUAGAUUUGAGAUGUAGUCUUGAUUUUUUUUUGAGUCUGUUGUUGGAUGUACUCAUUUGAAGAGAUGUUUAGUUGGUUUAAUGGGAGUUGGAAUUGAAAUACAUGGGGGAGUUGUUUA